CGAAACCCACCAAAGACCUCCGACAGCACCCAAUCGCAUUCCAAUGGAUUGAGCGUCGCGAGCUCAUUCCCCAGACACAUUAUGCAAGUGAUUCUGGGAACAUGCAAAGAGCCUUGAAGCAUUCGGCGCUCUCGCCCCCUGGGAUCCCAUCAAUCAGGUAGCUAGCUGCACAGGAUUCUGGUCGCAUCGCGCAAGCAGACAAGAGACAACUCGCCCACCAUGCAGGCGACACGGCCGCUCUUGUACAAGGGCUUUAUCGGCCGCAGCGUCGACGAAUUCAAAAGGCUCUCACACAUUGUCUUCAGUCUGGAAGGCAUCAAGGGCGCCCAAGGUCCCUACGAACUCCACAACUUCCACAGCCCAGAAUCGAUCCAGGACUGCAAGAUCAUGUCCGACGUCGAAAUUGGCGGCUUCUCGAACGCGAACCUCGACUGGGUGUCCUCUCCGGCCCCCGACUCCGGCAUCCCGCCCCCCUCCCCCAACUCACCCGGCUAUGCCCGCUUCCACGGAACCAUCUCCACCCGACUCCCCAAGGACCGGCCGGACGUCAAGCGAACCGGCUACGCCGCCUUUCGCACCCGCGACCGGCCGCCCACCAUCUUCGGGCGCAGCCUGAUCAACAUCGACCCCUACGUCUACCUCGCGCUGCGCGUCAAGUCCGACGGCCGCGCGUACUUCAUCAACGUCCAGACCGAGUCGGUCGUGCCGACGGAUCUGCACCAGCACCGCCUCUUCGUCAAGAAGCCCGGGGAGUGGGAGACGGUGCUGGUCAAGUGGAACGACUUUGUGCGGACCAACUACGGCUUCGUCGUCGAGCCCCAGACCGAGAUGAUGCGACAGAAGGUCAAGUCGAUCGGAAUCGGCCUGACAGACAGGAUACCGGGUCCAUUUGAGCUUUGCAUUGAGAGGAUGUGGGCCACAAAUAACGAGAGUGAUGCGGAUACCGUGGUGGACCUGUCGGCGUCAAGGCCCAAGGAUGCGGGGGGCGCGCCCGUGCAUAAAGAGGGGAAGCUCAAGACAAAACAGGGCCAGAAGGUUGCUUGGGGGGACAACUAAGUCCGGGGGGGGGGCGGGGAUAUUUUAUCCAGACCCCGUGGAGAAGGAUUGUGGCUGUCUGCUUAGCUUCUACCCAAGACGGGGUGGAUGUACGAAACUAUUCAGGACCAGGGCAUAAUGUGGUCAGGAGUGACAGCUAGGACUCGCUGAACUUGAGCUUGCCGUUGCAGCCUUCUACCUUGUUGUUUCUCAUACCCAAGGCUUAGCAAGCCCGGUGUAGUAUAUGUUAGCUCUGCACUCUUCGCUCCAACAACCUCAACCAACUGAUACCCU